CACAGCUCAAAGAUCGUUUGCACUGUUGGCCAGUAUAGAGGAACAACGCAGCUGUGAGAAGGGACUCACCCUGUUCUGCUUUCAGGGGUAUAAAACACUUCCACGUUGUCGGAUUUCAGAGAAACCUCGAGACUCUAGAAUGUUUUUCUUUGUGAUUCUUGUGUUGCUGUCCUGCACUGAGGCUGAAGGGCUCCAACAUGUGUUUCUCCUCCAUGGAAAGGACUUACACCUGGAUAUAAAGAAAUCUGUUGUACUAGACAAAAAAACUGAUUUGAUCUGGAGAUUUAAUGAAACUAACAAUGUAGCUAAAUGCUAUUUUAAUAAUGAUCCAGUCAUGUUUGACAAAUAUGCAGGAAGGGCUGAGGUCUUUGGACAAAAUUACUCUUUGCUAUUAAAGAAUGUACAACACAGUGACAGUGGAGAUUAUACUGCAGUCUUGUUUGGGGCACAAGACCAAAAGGUAGCUGAAUACAAGGUCAUAAUCCAAGAUCCAGUGUCUCCAGUUAACCUGACAGUGGACUCUGUGUCCAGCAGUUCAGACUCCUGUAAUCUCAUUGUGACCUGCAGCACAGUGGAUUCUCAAAUCAGCAGCAUUUUCACAUGUGAUGCCCAAAACUGCUCUCUGGUAGAAAAAGGAAGCUUUAAAGCCCAAAACUAUUCUUCCAGUCUCGUUGUCUAUUUGCAGCAAAGCUUCAUCAUCUGUAAUCACAGCAACCAAGUCAGCAUGGAACAGACUAAGAAGGACAUUAAACUUUAUUGCAAGGAAAAACCAGGUAUCUCCAUCUGUGUGGUGAAGACAGUCGUGUUCUCUGUUGGUCUGAUCAUCAUGGUGAUUGCUGUCAUCAGUGUCCACAUUAUGGAGAAGAUUAAGAAGCGAAAAUAAAGAAGAGGCUUUCCACUUACACAUAUAACUUAUACGGUUUUAGAAAAUGUUGAGGUUAUAGAUACCAGUGGUAGAUAAUAGAGAUGGACCGAUCCGAUAUUACGUAUCGGUAUCGGUCCGAUACUGACCUAAAUUACUGGAUCGGAUAUCGGCGAGAAA